AUGCCGACGUCCCUCAUCGCGCACGACGCGACCACCCGGCGAGGAGGCAAGCGCCCGCGCGACGCGUACGACUGCGCCGCGGACGCGAGACUGGGGCGGAUCCUCCGCGUGCGCGUGCCGUCGACGGCGCCGACGGUCCCGCCGCUGCCGCUGUGCGCGCAAAACGCGCGAUGGCUCCGAGGCGUCACGACCGAGCACGCGACGGAGACGACAACGCGAUUCGCCGGGAGGAGAAACGCGAACGGGAACGGGAACGGCGGCGUUUCGCGCGCGUCGUACGAGCGCGCGACGGGGCGGUAUUACGUGUGCCUCGGCGAGGAGCAAGACUUCACGACGAAGGAGGAGGCGAUGGCGCACUUCGACGCGACGGAGCGAUGCGGCCUCGCGGUGCCGUACGUCGCGUCGCCGCUCGACUUGGCAGCCAUGGAGCGCGACGGCGACGUGGAGUACCUCGACUUGGACCGAUACGCGCACCCCGCGCGCGCGGACGCGGAGGCGCGCGAGCGCGGCGAGGACGACGCGCGCGAGGGCGUCGUCGAGAAGGACAGAAAUAGAACCGCCGCGCGCGCGAAAACGCGAAAAAACCGCGCCGCCGCCGCCGCCGCCGCCGGUGGACAGCUGCGCGCGCUCGCGGCGGCGUGCUCCGACGAGCUCGGCGCGCUCGACGGCGUCGACAACAGCGCGAUGUCCGGGGGCUCGAACGACGGCACCGCGGCGUACGUCGCGGUGGAGCGACGCGAGCGUCCGAGCGACGCCGACGACGCCGACGACGCAAAAAAAAGAGCGAAGACGUCUCCGCCGGCGCCGCCGCCGCCGCCGCCGCCGCCGAAGGUAACGGACGAGGUCGUGGCGUUACGCGACGACGUCGCGCGGCUCGCGAGCGUCGUGACGUACAUGGCGCACGCGAUGAGCGGCAUGCGUUGGGAGAUCGACUCGCUGCGACGACGCGACAUCGAUCGAAGCCGCGUCGAAGCGGAGGACGAGCGAGGGAAGGAGAAGGAGAGCGGCAGCCCAGAAAAUAACGCCGCCGUCGCCGCCGCCGUAGAGGACGCGGCGAAGAGCCUGCGCGCGAUCCUCGCGCUGUGA